CAAACAUUUAUUCAUCUUUUUGUGUCUGGUCCCCCACUCUCUCUCUCCUCUCUCUCUCCUAAGACACCAGUCAACCACCAAUUCCUUCUUCCACUUGCUCACUUCCCUCUACACACUUUGCAAUUCCAUCUUGUUUUCUCCCCAUCUCCCUAUUGAUUCUUCAAUCCCAUGAUUGGGGCUGCCUUUGAUCUGAUUUUCCUCAACAAACCUCCCCUCCAAAAUUGAAAAAAAAAAAUGGAAUUUAUGGAGACACACACCAAAAAUCAAGGAGCCAAUAAUAACUCGAACCCGGACCACCACCGCGACCUCCUCCACCACCGCCUCCAAAGUCAAACCGAACCCGGUUCUGGGUCCGGUCCAGCCCCACCCCAUGGUCCAUUCAUGGGCUCCAUCUCCCUCCAACAACCAACAAACUUAGCCCACUCCCCUUCCUCCACCUCCUCCUCCUCCGCCACUUCCACAGCCAUCAUCGCUGUUGCUGUUGGCAACAGCAACAGCAACAGCGAUGAGAAUAACAACGGCUCCCUGACGGCCACUAAGGCAGUGGCCGCCAAGAAGCCGUCCAAGGACCGCCACACGAAGGUGGACGGACGCGGGCGGCGCAUACGGAUGCCGGCCCUGUGCGCCGCCCGCGUCUUCCAGCUGACGCGGGAGCUCGGCCACAAGUCGGACGGCGAGACCAUCGAGUGGCUCCUCCACCAGGCCGAGCCGGCGAUCGUCGCCGCCACCGGCACCGGCACGAUUCCGGCGAACUUCUCGACGCUCAACGUGUCGAUGCGGAGCAGCGGCACCACCAUCUCCGCCCCGCCGUCGAAGUCCGCGCCGCUCUUCCUCGGCGGCGCCGGUGGGAUGCUCGGGUUCCACCACCAGCUCGCCUCCGCCUCCCAUUUCGGGCCGGACCCGGACGAGAAUAGUUACCUCAAGAAACGGUUCAGGGAGGACGCGAGCGGCGCCGGUUCUCCUAAAUCAGGGAGAACCGGCGGCCAGGAGCAAGAACCGGGUCAAGAGAACAAACCCGGUUCUUCCCAGCCGGCCGGGUACAUCCAGGCUCCCGCCAUGUGGGCGGUGGCCCCCGCCGCCGCCAACGUCGGGAAUGCCUUCUGGAUGCUCCCGGUCACAGGGAGCGCGGCCGCGACGACGGCCGGGCAGCAGGAGUGGCAGUACAAGACAACCACAGCGCAAAGAAUCGGCGGGUUCGAGUUCCCAGGAACCGGCCGGUUCAACCCGGUUCAACUUGGGUCGAUUAUGCAGCAACCGGUUCAUCAGCUCGGGUUGGGCGUGACCGAGACAAACAUGGGAAUGCUAGCGUCCAUGAACGCGUACAACAACAGCAACAACAACAACGACCACAGCAGAAUCGAUCUCGGCAUGAAUUUGGACCACCACCACCACUCGAGCCAGCCGCAACAAAGCAACAGCGGCGAUGAAAACGCCAAAGAUUCACAAUAGUUUGGAAAAAAUUGAGUUUGCAUCAUCACCCUUCCAAUUCCUUUGCUUGUAGUAGUAUUUAUUUUACCUUUUCAAUUUUUUUUAUAGCUUAGGGUAAAAAUGAUAAAGAUUUGUGUGCAUAUCUAUUUAUUUUUUAACUGCUGUUGGCUUUGCUAAGUAAUUAAGUCACUUUCUUGAUUAGGCAACAUAGCAUUUUAUGGAACAACAAAUUUGAGAA